AUGAAGCUGCAGUUCGGAAACCUCACCCAAGCUGAGAUAAUACAUGCGUUAGACUACUUGAUCCAGACGGUACAGUGGGAGGCUUUUCCGGAUGAAAUGGCCAUCCUGACGAACAAUUUAUCAAAACCAGCUCAAUCUCAAGCACCACUUGGAAAACAUAGCAGCAUCUACCAGUUGUCUCCAGUACUUGACGAGCGUGGAAUCCUUCGUGUAGAAAGCAGAAUUCAAGAAGCGUGUGUCACGAAAGAUGUCAAAUAUCCAGCAAUUCUUCCUCGGAAGCACCGAUUGACUCAUCUCAUCAUCGAUUUUUUCCACAGAAAAUAUCAUCACGGAAAUACUGAAACGGUGGUGAACGAAGUGCGGCAACAGUAUUACAUACCUAAGCUUCGUGCCGUCGUGAGAACAGUCAUCAGAAACUGUCAGUGGUGUAAAGUUAGGAAAACGCAGCCGCGGACUCCCAGGAUGGCCCCACUCCCGUAUGUCCGUUUGGCAUCGUUUACUCGACCAUUUAGCUACGUUGGAUUGGAUCUGUUCGGACCACUUCUCGUUAAAGUCGGUCGGAGUAGCGCCAAGAGAUGGGUGGCGCUAUUUACAUGUCUGACGAUCCGCGCCGUCCAUGUAGAAAUUGUACAUACGCUUUCGACAGAAUCCUGCAUUAUGAGCGUGCGUCGCUUCGUAAGCCGCCGAGGAGCUCCCUUAGAAAUCUACUCGGACAACGGGACAAAUUUUCGCGGAGCCGAUAGUGUUUUACGGGAGCAGAUACAGAAGAUGGCACAAACGUUUACCAACACAAAUACAAAAUGGGUAUUUAUUCCUCCGAGUGCCCCGCACAUGGGCGGAUCGUGGGAAAGGAUGGUCCGUUCCGUCAAGUCGGCAAUGGAGGCGGCUAAUGUGGGACAAAAAUUGAACGAUGAAGGUCUACUUACUUUGGCGAUAGAAGCGGAAGGAAUCGUCAACUCAAGACCGUUGACGUAUCUUCCCCUGGAUUCUGAGGAGGCGGAAGCUCUCACUCCCAAUCAUUUCCUCCUGGGCAGUUCGAGCGGCGUACGACAACCAGCAGCGGAGCCAACGGAUAAUAUAUUCAAGCUUCGCAACGCCUGGAGUCAGGUGCAACACCAGAUGGACAUGUUUUGGAAACGUUGGUUGCGUGAAUAUUUACCAACUCUUACGCGGCGGACAAAAUGGUUCGGGGAAGUCAAACCUGUGGCAGUAGGGAAUCUGGUUUUUGUCAUGGAGGACUCAAGAAGGAAUGGAUGGACAAGAGGUAGAAUUUGCAAGGUUUACGCGGGGCAUGAUGGUCGGGUUCGGCAAGCAUUAGUUCAAACCAAUCGGGGUUUGAUUCGUAGACCAGUUUCAAAGUUAGCAAUUUUGGAUGUGGCGCAGGUCGGUUAA